GAAGCUAACCUACAGGAACAUUACGACAACUGUCGCAAGAAUCCCAAACAUGAACAGUUCAUUCCGAUCACAUUAUUUGGGCCUCAGCAUCUUCCAGCUCACUACCAUAAGAAGUCAAUGUUUGAACUGGUAAAGACGCUAGGCGACCUGACAGUUAGACUAACUGUUACCAAAGUCAGUAGCAACAGACCGGAAACUUUCAACGAGAAACCGUAUCCACUUUUCAAAUUUCGGGGACAAAACGAGUUUGUGUCAUUUGGCACAGGGCGUGUCGUUCAAGUGAAAAGAAACACAGUGACCGACGGUCAACCUUGUCCGCGUUCAAACUGUAAACAAUCAUCAGCUGUUCAAGAAUGGGCUCAAAUUAGAGUUGCCACAGCAACACAUGUUGUGUUUGAUGAUAAAGAGGCCAAAAAACACGGUUGUUCUGUGGGGCUACGAUAGUGACUCCUCCCAAGAAAUAUCAUUCUGUGGGCUAUCAGCCCAGGGGGAUAUGGAAGGUGACGUAUGUAAUUUAUUCUGUGUGACCCAUGACCUUGACUUUGCUGAUAGUUUAGCUGUUAUCGUUGCAAAAUACAAAAAGUUGAGCCAAAAAGUCUUUAAGAGGUAUGAAAGUACCAAAGAUGAAGAAAAACUGGCCAUUAUAGUCUCACACCCCCAUGGGUGUCCGAAACAAGUUUCUAUUGGUCAGUGGACACAUAGAACGGACAUUGUA